UGUCCACCAUGGCUCUGAACCUUGAAAAGCAGCUGCUCUUUUAUGGCGCUUAUCACAACAAUCCUGUAAACGUUGCGAUCCACCUAACAUGCGUGCCGAUACUUCUGUUUACGGGCAUUGCCCUGGCGUCCAACACGCCAACGCUCAUUGCCACGCCUGCGGCUUUGCAGAUUGAGAACCUCCCGCUCAACCUUGGAACAAUUGCGGCAAUCGUAUACUCGACCUUCUAUAUCCUUUUGGAGCCUGUAGCCGGUGCUUUAGUGACGCCGCUGAUCCUCGGAGGUGCAGCCGGCGCAAAUCACCUUCUGGGUACCUACGGCGCGAGCGCGAACUACUGGUUUGCUGGAAUCCACGUGGUUUCCUGGCUGGCGCAAUUUGUCGGCCAUGGUGCCUUCGAGAAACGGGCCCCGGCGCUGCUGGAUAACCUUGUGCAGGCGCUGCUGCUCGCUCCGCUGUUUGUUUGGAUGGAGAUUCUCUUCUCUUGCGGGUAUCGUCCAGAACUGAACAAGAGGUAUCAUGAGAGUGUGAACAAGGAAAUCGCCGCGUUCAAGGCCCAGAAGAAUCAGGCGAAGAAAUGA